CUUCCUGAUCAAGUGACCCUUGAGGAGAAGCACAAUCCUUGUUGCAGGCUGCUCUGGCAUGGCUGCGGUGGCCUCGGACCGUGCCGAGGUCGACACUGCCCGCCCCUUUCGGUCCGUCAAGGAGGCGGUCGCCGUGUUUGGUGACCGCAUCCUCGUCGGUGAGGGGCACUCCAGGCACAGUAGCAGUGCUGCCACCAUUUCCACCCCCAAUGCCAAUGCCAGUGCUAGUGCCAAUGGCAUGCCCACCGCAAGUGCCAAGCAUGAGGCUAGCAGUAGCAGCAGUACCAUGACCUUUUCCCCGAACCCGAUGGCAGAGGCUGAAGAGGAGAUCAUGCCUGCCGCUGUGCCGAUGUACUCCGCACCGUCCUCGCCGCCGUCGCUCACGUCGUCGCCAUCGCCAAUGAGGGCGUGCAGCGGGCGCGGCGGCGACGACCGGGACCGCGAGGCGGGUGGGCUCGUGGUGAUGCGCUCCAUCCAGAAGCUGGAGGCGGAGGUGGCCGAGACGAGGCAGGAGGUGGCGCAGCUCAGGAAGCGCGGGAACGAGAUGGAGAUGGCCGUGGCCAGCCUCAACGCGCAGCUCCACCAGGGCCUCUCCAAGCUCGCCGAGAUGGAGGCCGACAGGGCGGCGGCUGCGGCGCGGCGCAGCAUCGGCGGCGACACCGACGCGGCCUCCACGCUCCGGAGCGAACGGUGGGGCGGCGGUGACAAGCUCGGCGCGAGCGAGUACCUGCCGUCGUUCUCGCACGCGCUGAGCCUCGGCGAGAUCGACGACGCCGAGCUGAUGGGCAGCCGGAGGAGGAAGGCGCAGAAGGUGAAGCCCAUCGUGCCGCUCAUCGGCGACAUCCUCUUCUCCAAGAGGAAGAGCACCAAGGAGAAGGGAGAUGACGGCUUCUACAGUGGUGAUCUCUACAGCGUUCUAGGCUAGGCUGAUGAUCAGUGCACUGUGUCUGCUCAUCUCGUGGUUGUGGCUGCGUGUGUGCAAUUUGUUUCUUCUGCUUGGGCUUUUUUUCCCUCAUCUUUUCCUGAAGCUCUUGUUUGUGUGGCUUGUGCAGGGGAGUGGAGUUUGUGUAAAUGUACAGUAUCUUCGGAUCAUGAAUGAAAAAAAGUGUGUGA